ACUGCAGCACUGCGAUGCAAUAGGAGUGAAAAAAUAUAUCAGAUUGCAACAUGAGGUUAGCAGUCGUGCUUCUAGUGUUGGUCGUACUAUGUGCCUUGCUCCAAGACUCCGAACAAUUCGGAUGGAGAAGACGGGGACGUUUUAGAUGGGGAUGCGGGGGCGGAAGAUGGGGCUGGAGACGCUGGCGCAGACGUAGAACCACAACCACAACCACGACCACGAGCUCCACUGCAGCACAAACUGCAACACCAGCACCAACACCAGCACCAACUGAAGCACCAGCACCAAAUCCAGAACCGAAUCCGAAUCCAGAACCAGAACCGAAUCCAGAACCAAACCCAGGAGCAUAACCAAAUCUCGAAAUGGGGGCGGAAAAAAGGCGAAAAAUUAUGGAUAUUCAUAGUUAUUGAGGAAAUAGAAAUGUCAAAUUGGAGGAAAAUAAUGUCGACGUCCCGAGAAACUACACUAGAGCGUUAGCAGUUGCAGCACGGUAGGGUACCUAGAGUAGCCUGUGAGACAGUAAACCAUAAUAAAUAUAUCAAACACUUGCAUAUGAA